AUGAGAAGAUCACUCCUGGCGCUGAACUUCGCGAUCAUGGUGGUCGGCACCGCGGGGAGCCCCCUCGUCCUCCGCCUCUACUUCCUGCGCGGCGGUCGCCGCAAGUGGCUCUCCAGCUGGCUCCAGACCGGCGGCUGGCCGCUCCUCCUCCUCCCUUUGCUCGUCUCCUACGCCCUCCGUCGGCACCGACAAAAAUCGAUGUAUCUCAUGACACCGCGCCUCUUCCUCUCCUGCGCCGCCCUCGGCCUCCUCACGGGCGUCGACGACCUGCUGUACGCCUACGGCGUCUCCUACCUCCCCGUCUCCACGUCGUCGCUCCUCGUCUCCACGCAGCUCGCGUUCACCGCGCUGUUCGCGUUCCUGAUCGUGCGGCAGCGGCUCACCGCGUCCUCGGCGAACGCGGUGGCGCUGCUCUGCGUCGGCGCCGCCAUGCUGGGGCUGAACGCGAGGGCCGACCGGCCGACGGGGGAGUCGAGGGGGAGGUACUACGCAGGGUUCGCGAUGACGCUGGCGGCGGCGGCGCUCUACGGCCUGGUGCUGCCGCUGGUGGAGCUGAGCCAGGCCGCCUACGCGCGGGCGGCCGGCCGCGCCGUCGGCUACACGCUCGUGAUGGAGAUGCAGCUCGUCAUGGGCUUCUUCGCCACCCUCUUCAGCACCGUCGGAAUGAUCGUCAACAACGACUUUCCAGCCAUUCCAAGGGAAGCCCAAGAAUUCGGGCUCGGGCCAGCAGGAUACUACAUGGUGCUAGUUGGGUGCGCAAUUUUGUUCCAGUUCUUCUUCCUCGGCACCGUCGGUGCCAUCUACUAUGGGUCGGCUCUCCUCGCCGGAGUCGUCAUCGCCCUUCUAAUCCCCGUCGCCGAGGUCCUCGCCGUCGUGUUCUUCGACGAGCCAUUCAAUAGCACUAAAGGCGUGGCCCUGGUGCUCUCCUUGUGGGGCUUUGCCUCAUACUUCUAUGGUGAGUUCAAGGCCAACAAGGCUAAGGAGGACCCUGAUCACAAAUGUGGUCAUGACCAAGUGAGUUAA